AUGGCUACAAAUGACUCUUAUGGUGGAUAUGAACAAGAGAGAUUUCUCGAUAAAGUUCAUCCAAGAUUUGAAUGCCCCAUAUGUUUCAAAAUAAUUAAGGAUCCUCUUCAAUGUCCAAAUCAGCAUCAUUUCUGCCGUUCUUGCAUCGAAAAAUGUUUACUUUCUUCUAACAAAUGUCCUCAAUGUAAUUGUCCAAUCACGUCGGAGACAUUGCAGGAUGUACCUAGAAUUGUCACCGAAAUGUUAGAAGAUCAUGAUAUUCGCUGUAAGAAUGUUAACCGUGGUUGUCCUGAAAUUAUGAAGCUUCAAUUUCUAGAACGUCAUGAGAAGAACUGUGGUUAUUCACCUACACUUUGUAGAAAUAAAGGUUGUGACGAAGUCCUUAAUGAAAACGAGAUUGAAGAACAUGAAAGAGAACGAUGUGAGUUCCGACUCAUCGAUUGUGAAGAAUGCAAAAUGAUGCUUGUGUUCAGAUACAGACGAUCUCAUUCAUGUUUCUUGAGGAAAGAGAUUGACGAGUUGACCAAAAGAUUGGACAUGUUUGAAAAAAGUCAAAAUGAUAGGUCAAAGCAUGUUGAAGAGCAAGUGAGGUUGAAUCGUAAUGAAAUGGUGACUCAUGUUGAAGAGCAAAUGAAGUUGAAUCGUGAUGAAAUGGUGAAACAUGUUGAAGAGCAAGUGACAUUAAAUCAUAAUGAAAUGACAUUUCUUACAACAGAAACGACAGAAAGAUAUAAUUUUCUUACGGGAAAAGUAAAGAUUUUUGUUUGUGGAGGAAGAGAUGGAGAGAAUCGUUUGAAUUUUGUCGAGUCUUUCAACUGGAAUUCAAAUUGUUGGCAACAGGAACCUAAAAUGAAUGAAGAACGAUCUGCAGCAACUGCAUUUGUUUAUGGCCGAGAAAUAUUUGUCUGUGGUGGUUGGAAUGGGAAACAACAGUUUGGAAAUAUUGAAAGUUUAAACGUGGAUGGAAAAUUGCAAUGGAAAAUAUCUCCUGUCAUGUUACCAAGAAAGUGUCAUGGACAUAGUAUGAUUUAUCAUAAUGAUAAUGUGAUUAUGAUUGGUGGACAUGAUAAUAACGAAACCUUUGAUACAAUCUACAGUAUUCAACUAAAUCCUCCACAUACGACAAAAUUAUUGGCGCAAAUACCAGAGCUAAGACGUUACCAUGGCUCAAUUAUCAUUGAAGACGAUGUUUUGGUAUUUGGUGGGGCAACAUCUGAAAAAUGGAAAGAUAUUAAAAACACUGUUUAUUCAUACAGUCUCAGUAAAAACGAAUGUAAAACCUUGGCUCCACUUCCAUAUCCUGUAAGAGCCAUGGCUAUAGUCAGUUAUAAAGGUAAUGUAAUUUUGAUUGGAGGUGUAAAUGAGAAAGGUGAAUACUUAGAUAAAGUUUUGAUGUAUGAUGUAAAAACAGGACAAACUAAAAUUCUUCCUUCACUUAAUCAUAAAAGAUGUGGAUGUUCAGCAGUUAUCAUUGGAAAUAUUAUUGUUGUGGUUGGUGGGUAUGACAAGGAAUCGUAUCUUGAUUCUAUUGAAUGUCUUGAUAUGAGUACAAACGUUUGGAGAGAACUACCUCCUAUGUUGACCAAACGAAGUUUUCCUGCCGCAAUUGUUUCUCCAAUUUAUUAAAAAUUUCGUUACUAAAACAUACAUGUUUUAUGUUUUACAAAAAUAAAUUUGGCAGUCGUAAUAUGAAACAAUCAUUUUAGAAACUUAAGUCUGUAGUUUAAAAUACAACGUUUUUGCUCGAAUAGGCCGCCUACCUCUUUUAUCGUAGCCAUUUUAAGAAAUGUCAAUUUUCAUGAUGAGAUUUAUAUUACUGAUAAACUGUUAACAUGUACGUAACCUAUAAUGCAAUGUAAACAAUUACCUGAAAGUUUCUAAAAACAUAUUUUGUAACAGCAUGUUAAUUAUUUUUAAUAACUGUCACACAUGUACACAGAUAUAGCUACCUAGGUCAUGAUCGCACCCAACGUUAAAAACCGUAACAAUUGAUUUUUUUAAAUACCAGUUCUCGGUAAUGAUUAAAAAACAUUUUAUGCACAGUUAUGGAAAACUGUUUUAUUAAUAAAAUAUACAUUGAAUGUACAAAAGAUCGCAAUCUGAAAGUGAUUUGAUUACAACUUAAAUCAAAACAACCAUUUCUUUAAUGUAAGAAAAUGAAAGCAUUAUUUCUUGAAACAGAAACACGUACAUACAAUGUAAGCUUGGCAAGUAAAUAAAGUCAUCAACUAUGGCUACUAAUGACUCAUAUGGUGGAUAUGAACAGGAAAGAUUUGUUGAUAAAGUUCAUUCAAGAGUUGAAUGCCCAUAUGUUUUAAAGAUCCUGUUCAAUGUACAAACGAACAUUAUUUCUGUCGCUCUUUUAUCGAAAAAUACUUGAUCAAACAACUGCCUCAAAUGUGGAUUCCAUCUCACCAAAGAGACAUUGAAGACACCGUGGUUCAUUACGGAAAGUUUAAACGACUGUGAUAUUCGCUGUGUGAAUGUUAACCGUGGUUGUCCUGAAAUAGUGAAGCUUCAAUUUCUCCAAAGUCAUGAGAAGAACUGUGGUUAUUCACUUACACCUUGUAGAAAUGAAGGUUGUGACGAAGUCAUCAAUAAAAACGAGAUUGAAGAACAUAUACGAAAUAUGGGUAUAGUAAGUUAUAAAGGUAAUGCAAUCUUGAUUGGAGGUUUAAAUAAUAAAAAAGAAAGAUUACGUGAAGUUUUGAUGUAUGAUAUAAAAACAGGAGAAACUAAAAUGCUUCCUUCACUUAAUUAUAGAAGGUAUUCAUGUUCAGCAGUUAUCAUUGGAAAUAUUAUUGUUGUGGUUGGUGGACAUGAUGGUGAAUCAUAUCUUCAUUCUGUUGAAUGUCUUGAUAUGAGUACAAACAUUUGGAGAGAAUUACUUCUAAUGUCAAUAAGACAAAGUUGCCCUGCGGCAAUUCUUUCUCAAGUGUAUCAAAUAAUAUUCUAUAUUUUCUUACUUAUUAUAUGUCAACCGUUACGAUACGGGUAGUUUACUUCAAUAAAAUAACAAAUGCUGAAAUAUAGUUUUUUGGUUUGAUAGGCAAAAUUUUCUAAAAUAUGAAAUUACUCAAUAUUAAAGGCUAUUCACUGAUUUUUGCUCUGCUACAGCAAUAUUUUAACAUUUUUUGUUCUAAAUUUUCUUUGUUCUGUAUAUACAGCUUACUAUUCCCAAUAGUGUUCAAAAUAAAUUUGAAAUCGCCAUACA